CACUUCUUUAGUUUGGGGGGAGAAAAAAACAAUUGUUUAUCUCAGAUUCAUUCUAUAUAAUUACGUGUCAUUACUCCACAAUCUCCCCAACGAAAACCACAACUAGUGGUCCUGCUCUAGCACUUGUAGUACCCCAGCAGAUCAACUAAAAGCCCAUUUAGUAAAGAGAUAAAAACAACAAAAAAUAUACUGUUAAACUUAAAAUUUAAACAACAAGACAGACGAGAAACGACAUUAAGGGAAAAUACUCUCUCAAUAAACUAACAUUCGUUUGUUGGCUGUUAAAGAUUAAACAACUCUUCAUAGAUCCGGUGUUCAAAUUUUAAAUUAAAGAAAAAAAUGAAAUUUUUAUUAAGUUUAUGCCUGGUGGCUUUGGCCAGUGGCAUUGUUAGUGCCGAUGAAAGUAAAGGACCCAAAGUUACAGAAAAGGUGUUCUUUGACAUCACCAUUGGUGGUGAGCCGGCCGGUCGCAUUGAAAUUGGCUUGUUUGGCAAAACUGUUCCAAAAACUGUAGAAAAUUUCAAACAAUUGUCUGAAAAACCCAAAGGCGAAGGUUAUGUAGGCAGCAAAUUCCAUCGCGUCAUUAAGGAUUUCAUGAUUCAAGGUGGUGAUUUCACACGUGGUGAUGGCACUGGUGGCCGUUCCAUCUACGGUGAACGUUUCGAAGAUGAGAACUUCAAGCUUAAGCAUUAUGGUGCUGGUUGGUUGUCCAUGGCCAAUGCUGGCAAAGAUACUAACGGUUCACAAUUCUUCAUUACCACCAAACCCACUUCCUGGUUGGAUGGUCGUCAUGUUGUCUUCGGCAAGGUAUUGUCUGGCAUGGAUGUUGUACGUAAAAUCGAAAAGGUUAGCACUGAUGGCCGUGAUCGUCCCACUAAGGAUGUUGUUAUUGCCAACAGUGGUUCUUUGCCAGUGCCCGAACCAUUUUCGGUAGCUAAGGCUGAUGCUACUGAAUAGAUUCUGUGAGAGAGUAAUUAGCAGCUUUUAACAAACAGCAGAUGUUUAUUAUUUAAGUUUUCAUGUUUAAGAAUAUUUGCAAAAAUUAAGAUCUGUUUUAAUAAUAAUAAUAAUAAUAAAUGAAAUUAUAUAUUAUAGAAUUAAUUGAAAAAAAAGAAGAUACAAAAAAAGAAAACCAGUUUAUAACUAGGGUAAAAAACACAUUGUUGCAUUUAAUUCUCAUUAAUUAUUAAGAGGGUCUUCCCAUUGUUUUUUAGUUUUUUUCUAAAUAGUUCGUUUAGAACUGAGAAAAUAAUUUGAAAUUCAAAUGAAAAGAAAGUAAUAAAAAACCUGAAAUUAAAUCUCAAACUAAAGUUAAA